GCAACCGGCGAACGUAGGUCAGUCAGUUUGAAAUCGUAGACACGCGCAAAUUCAACUCGCAAAUCGAGAAAUUCCAGUGCGAUUUUCCCUAAUAAAUAAACGAAAAAGAUGUCGCGAUUCGUGCCAAUUCUGUUCAGGGACAUGAUGCGUCCCCUACGACAAAUGGAGAACGAAAUGCGUAUGUUGGAACAAGAAUUCUUCCGUCCGACGUCGUUUAUGAACCGGCCGAAAUAUUUCCUAAAAUAUCCAGAAGCGGAACAGGCGUCCGUUGCCCAACUCAAGGACAAAUUUCAAGUGAAACUGGACGUGGACGGUUUUAAACCGGAAGAGUUAAAAGUGAAAACGAUCACCGAUCAGAACGCGAUAGAAAUCGAAGGGAAACACGAGGAAAGGGAGGACGACCACGGGCUGAUUUCCAGGCAUUUUGUGAGGCGAUUUGUGCUGCCUAAAGGACACGACUUGAAAAAUGUCGUGUCCAGUUUAACGGAUGAUGGGGUGUUGACCGUCACUGCACCCAAAAAGCCCCAGGAAAUCGCUCAGGAGAAGACCAUUCCGGUGGAGCACAUCACUGAUGGAAAGGAGGGUCAGGAGAAGAAGUAAAUUUGUUCCUAUCUGGUUCUUCUUUAAGCUACCUCCUGUAUGAUCUUUUGUAAUUAUUUGAUUUAUUCUUUAGACUGAUUAGAAUGUAGAAUAAAAUAUGUGCUUUUUUUUAAUUCUUACUUGUGUAAGUUUUUUUAAAAGUUGUUUAAUGUUGAGAAAUAUUAAAUAAAAAAAUGCUUCUUAUUUA